AGAAAAGUAUUAUGCCACACCUGUGUUGUGUAAUCAUUUCCAUCCACACCAUCACGACAAAUUUCUUCUCAAAACAGAAUAUGUUUUACACUAAAAAAUGGUACCAUGAAUGGUUUUUGCUCUUAUAGCAACUCCGCUCCAAUAUCCGAGAAAUGGAGAAGCUUUGCCUAAAAGUCCGAAAGGAUGACUUGAUACUUCUGAAGAGAAUGAUAGAUCCCGUUAAGGAAGAAGCAUCCACAGCAACAGCAGAAUUUCUCCAACUCCAUUUGGAAUCUGUCGAAGAGCUUAAGAAACAAUUUCAUGAUGAAGAAACUUCAUUACAACCUUCUUUGACCAGAUCCAUGACUGUUGGUGGAGCAUUUCACACCACUGAAGCUGAAGAUAGUUCUCAGAGUUUGACUCACAUAUAUGCAUUGCCUGAAAUUCCUUCAGAUCAAAAUGCUGCAGAAUCGUGGGAAACCUUAGAAGCGGACUUAAUUGAACUUAGCCAACUGGUCACUGAUUUCUCUCUCCUAGUGAAUUCUCAGCAGGAGAAGAUUGACAGCAUUGCAGACCAUGUCAACAGUGCUGCUGUGAAUGUUGAAGAGGGGACCAAAAACUUGGGGAAGGCUGCAAAAUACAAGCUGGCGGCGCUGCCUGUGGCAGGUGCACUCAUCGGAGGAGUGGUGGGGGGUCCGAUUGGCCUCCUUGCAGGCUUCAAAGUGGCAGGAAUUGCAGCUGCACUUGGUGGUGGGGUGUUGGGCUUCACAGGUGGAAAAUUGAUACAAAGAAGGAAACAGAAAAUGAUGGAGAAGCUCACUUCCAGCUGUCCAGAUCUUCCCAGUCAAACUGACAAAAAAUGCAGUUAAAAACCAAACUUCCAUACUAUUGGUGCGAAGGUCUCUAGUCUAACAAGCACCUUGCCGUUGCUGGACACCCAAUCAGCUUUUGGAACCCAAUGAUCAAGGCAGUGGCUCUAGAUGCCCAUGUGGCAUUGGACUGCAUUAAGUGGAUACCUUUUGUUUGUUGGGUGUUGAUGGAGAUGUUUGAAAUGGAGGAGCCUGGGCUGAGGGUGUAUGGUGUCUGGGAGGUCAUGGUUAAAGACUGCCAAAGAGCAAACUUUCUGCCUGGAAAUGUGAAAGCAAACUAUAAUUAAGGAAUGAAGAUGAGUAGAAAUGACUGGAGACUUAAGACGAAGUGUAGGGUAGAUUAUUUAGGCCUGUUGCCAAAGAAGAGAAUGGAGCCUUUCAGGUAGGGAAAUGUGAACUAACAAGAGGCAAAGGUGAGUCACAUGGUAGAGGGCCACUUGGUGAAGCCCAUCGCACUUCGAUUCAACUAUGUUUCUGGUGAAGGAUGAAGAGUAUAAGAAAAUGGAAAGAGAGGCCCAGCUUCUCUUUCGGGUAUCUUCAUUUGUGACACUGGCUUCUUUUCUGAACUUCCCUCGAUAUGUCUUUAAGAGCACAGAAUCUCACACAGUGGGACGAGACUUACUAAGCCAGCCAACAUGCGCACUGUCAGCCCUAAUGUAUUCAAGAUCCUGUGCCCUUUCGUUUCCUCCUUCGUAACUUCAAAAAGCUCUUCAGUUUGUGAGGUGAAUUCUAUCCAGGUGUAAUGAGGAUUUUUCUCAUGAACUGCCUUUUUGCAUUGUUUGACAUCAUUGUUCACCCCUUCCUGUAAUCUCUUAAGUUAAAAAAAACAAAACAAAAACUUCCAAAUGUUUCCAGCAAUGUUAGAAUUUGGGCUGAAAAUGAGCAGGGGAAAGUGUGAGACCGUAUCCUAUCCUGGGGCACUUUCUUACUUCAGGGGCUGAUUCAGUACCUGCCUCAUAGGAGUCUCUGACCCUCAGUCAUCUGAGAACUAGCUUUCUACCUCACUUCUGUUCUGUCCUUUUCCCAGGGUCUGUUGUCUCCUGUGCUUCCCUUCCCUUUUCACAGCUGCCAUUUCUUCCUAAGGAUAGUGUCAUGCUCCCCUUUUCUCACAUUCUAGAUGAUGACAAAGCCAGUGCCAAGACUCAGACCCAAUGAAGGAUUUGUGGUGCUAAUCCAACACUUGAUACUGACAGCAAGCAUGGUCCAGCCCAAACCCAAGUCUGUCUCAAACAACAAAAAGAUUUUAAAUUUAGAGAAUUUAAGGACAAGCAGCCUCACUCUGUACCCCCAAACUCAUUUGCAAUAUGAUGGAACCAUCUGUUUUAUUUGCUUUACUCUUUUUGAGGACAGAAAUAGGCAACUGCACCCCAUUGGUCAGGGGGCAAGUUGCAACAGAGGGCUGAAUAGUUUGUCACUUAGCUUCUCUUGCUGAGUUUGCUUUUAAUAACUUCUAUUGAUUGUUACCUUUUCACUUCUGUAUCUAGUCUACAGAGAUUGUUCACGUUUUUUGAAUCUCACCAAUGAAUUCCUGUGAGAUAAAGCACCAUUUUCUUUUGAUUAUUAAAUAAUAGGAAAGUAUCAAGUAUUGUUAUCUGCUUGCUUAUAUCUUUAACAUAAUGCCAAGAAAUAAAUACUUUGAAUAAUUAUCAGUUUCUGCCCUGGUAUCAGAUAUAGGAUACUUGUAAGUUUGGGAUAAUUACUUUUGACUUCCACCUUUUUCUACGUUCUGGUCGUUACUGUUCCAUUAACAUAUACUUUCAGUUCUGGACAGGCAUCAGACCUUACCCAGACGUUUAUUUAAACAACAUUUUUAAACCUCAGUGGCAAGGGUGAUGGUGAUAGAGCCAGUCCAGCUUCAUCAGCUGAAAUUAUAAAUUUAGAACACAGUUAUGUUCAUGACCAAGCAGUGUCAUUUAAUUCCGUAAUUUCCAAUGUUCUACUCUUCUUCACCACUGCAUAGUACUCUGCUCUGUCAACCCCAAAAGGGCCACACUUUUGAGCAUACUGCCUUAGCAGUAGCAUGAGAGACUAAUAACAACCGGAAGGAGAGAGGCCUGUAUCUGAAGCUCACAUUGUGUUCUGGGAUUUUGAAUUUUUUACGGAGCCCGUGUGGGACCCCAUUACAUGUAUGUUGUUGUAUAAACCUUUGACUUCACUGGUCAUCAGGAGUGGGAUGUCACCCCAACAGUCUUCAUGCUUAGUUAGGCAAGUUAUAGUCCUUUAAAAAGUUUUAUAAUUUGGAGUUAUUUAGAAAUUGUAUCUCAUUUCCUCAUAAUAGAACCUAAUAACCAACUUUUUGUAGAAAUUGCUAGAAGUGUUUAAUCAACUAUUAGUGAUAUUCAUAUUAACUAUAAAGUGCUUGUAAGUUAAAUUAGUCAACAUGACAUAGAAACCGAUCUUCACAUUGAAUGUAAUGUCCUACAAUGUCAAGUUAAAUUUAUCUUCUCUGUGCUUCCUGUCUUAUUUUUACUGUGACAAGUUAGAAAGGAACACUCGUUAAGCUCUUAAAUUAGUAGGUGCUUACUUGGAUAAAAGCAGCACUCCUAAAGACUCUUUUGAUGUAAUAAUCUGAGAAUUUCUCUAUACUGGCAGAAUGGCUCAAGUGAUAGAGCACCUGCCUGGUAAGCACAAGGCCUGGAGUUCAAACCCAGUACCACCAAAAAAAAAAAAA